AUGAACCAAGAUCCUUCACUGGCAUCAUGGUCUGACCAUGUGCCGGAAGACUCUCUGAUCUCGGGCUCCGGCGAGGACUUUUCAAAUAUCCUUGACUUCGAGUUUGACCUAGCCGACCUAGAAAGCGCUGUUGACCAACAUGGUCGGGCCAUUACCACCUCCGCGUCGCAAACGCCGGCUUCUAUGGUGCACGAUACUCAGUUGACUGGAAUGGAGGGGAUCGAAACGACUCAACCCCACCAAUACCCGACGUCGUUUGUGGAACAAAUGCGGUCUAUUGAUAUGCAGGGAGUCAAUUGCAUGCAGUCUCAAGUGAAUCAAACGUCUGUCUAUUUUCAAAAACAACAGCAGCAGCCUCAACAAGGUAUCAUGCCACAAAGCUUUGGGCAACCACAUCAAUUUGUCCCACCUACACCGAACAGCACCGAGUUACACGGUGGUGUGGGACGGUAUCCCCCUCAGCUAGAUUCUGCAACCCAGCGGCACUAUGAACCCUAUACUCGAGCCACCGAUGAUCCAAACAAGGGGACUAUAUCCGAGCUCGGUAGCGCCCGAUUGCAAGACAGCCGGAGAAUAGUUCUCCGAUUUCCUAUCGCUCCAAAUGUUGGAAAUUGGAGACCUGGGAAAACAGUCUCGUUGUCCGAGACUCCAAAGGUACCCUCCAGAGGCUGGGAUGCAGCUUCGAUUCGAAUUGUGACCAUUGGUGUUUUCACGCAUCGAGGGAGCCGGAAGACGGUGCUCGGCAUGUCUACUCACCUCGAUGAUCAAGGCUCCAAAUCACGACACGAAUCCGCCAAGCUUAUCCUCAAAAAGGUCGAUGAAUAUCUUCAUGGGGAAUACAAAGAUCGUAUCUCAGGCCUAUUUCUGGCGGGAGAUUUCAACAGCAAGGUGAAUCAAGAGGCAUAUCAAGUGUUCAUAGACCCGACUUCUCCCCUCCUUGACGCUCGAGAUCAAGUCAAGCCCGGCGAUCGAUAUGGGAACGAAAUCACCUAUACAGGCUUUGGAUAUGAGGGCGAACCAGCAACUCGUAUUGAUUACAUCCUAGUUGGACCGAGAAGCGAAGCAGGGUUUCCCUGGACGGUGAACGGAUAUGCCGUGUUGCCAAACCGAUUUGACGACGGCGUACUCAAUUCCGACCAUCGUGCUGUCGUUGCGGACGCGGUCUUGGACUGA